GAUGGAGAAUUUAGAGGGAAAGUAUAUAAAUAAUAUUGGUAUAAGUGUGAGGUAAGAGUAGUUGUAAAGAAAAGGGUAGCGAGGAAGAAGAGAAAGAGGGAGCGAGCAGAAUAAGGUGUCUCUCUUGGACUGAUUCGUUUCAAUCGCAUAUAUCUCUUCCCCACCCAACACCAAUUCCCUCCAACAAUUCUUCAUGGCCGUUCAAGCUCAAUAUCCAUCUAAUGUCCUCCUUCUAAACAAUAAUAGAAACGGACAAGAAGAACACGAUUACUCCUUACAACCACAACCAGGACUACCACCUCAUCCCCAUAUGCUAUGCACCAACAACAACCAUGGAAUUACUACUAAUUCUCGCAAGAGGGAUAGAGAAGGAACAGAAACAGGACACACUACAUCCCCUAAUGUUAAUGCUAUGAAUCAUUUCUCUUUGCAAUCUCAACCUUCACAUUUUAUACAUCUUUCACACCUCCAUAAUCAACAACAAAAUGUAGUCUCAACUGGCCUUCGCUUAUCAUUCGAUGAUCAAAGGUUACAAUUUCAACAACAAACUUCUCAAUCCUCCUCUACUUUCUUAUCUCUAUUAUCACAAGGAAUCAAUUCUCAAAUCAAACAACAACAACAUGAAUUAGACCAAUUCCUUCAAAGCCAGGGAGAGAAUGUACGGCGGAGUUUGGCGGAGAAGAGGCAGAGGCAUUAUCGAGAACUACUAAAAGCGGCAGAAGAAACGGUGGAGCAGCGUCUAAAGGAGAAAGAAACAGAGUUUGCAAAAGCUACGUGCAAGAACGCGGAAUUAGAAGCGCGUGCAGCACAACUAACGAUGGAGGCCCAAGUAUGGCAGGCGAGAGCCCGGGCCCAUGAGGCAGCAGCGGCUUCUAUUCAGGCCGAACUGCAAAAGACAAUAAUGUGUCAAACAAACGAGGACGGCGGCGGCGUUAUUUCGUCAACCGGACAGGCUGAGGAUGCGGAAUCGGCUUAUAUCGAUCCGGAUAGAGUUGCUAUGAUUUCAGCACCGCGUCCCAAAUGUAGAGGAUGUGGGAAGCGUGUACCUUCGGUGGUUGUUUUGCCUUGUCGUCACUUGUGUAUUUGUACAGAAUGUGAUCACCAUUUUAGAGCUUGCCCUGUUUGCCUUACUCUCAAGAAUUCUACAGUUCACAUUUUUCUCUCCUAAUCAAAUUUAAUCAUUAAUUAUCUUCUUUUUUUUAUUCAAUCUUGUCCAAAUAAAUAAAUUCAAUUACAUUUUUGUUUUUUCUCUUUUCUCUUUUCAAUUCAUCUACAUCUCAAGUUUGUGCCUAAUGUACGUCACCACAUGAUAACAAGUACCAUUUUAUUUUGGCUAUUUC